AUGGCACUUGCAUUACCUGAACUAUUAACGAAAAUUUUUAAAUUCUUAGCUGAAGAUAAGGCAUUAUAUCCCACCUUCUUAAAGCAUCUAGGAAUAGGCGGAGGUAAAAGUUGUAUUACUGAUAAAUCUAUAUGUGAAAUUUCACGAUUCAAUCCCAAUAUCCAAUCUUUAAAUUUUAAUAACUGCGAGAAGCUUACCGAUGCCACAAUCCACACUCUUGUAGGUUCAUACCCGGAUCUGAGGGAAUUAGAUCUUAGCGACUGUGAACAAAUAACUGACAUAGGCAUCAGAAAAAUCGCACAAUGUCUUAAUUUGGAACAUCUUGCACUUAAUUCCCUGGGAUUUAUUAAUGAUAAAAUGAUAUAUAUUAUUGUGCAAUCAUGUCCAAAUAUUCGUUAUCUCAACCUAGAAUUUUGUUAUGUCACUGAUACGGUAGUAGAAGCAAUAGCACAAUCAUGUCGCAAUAUGGAAUAUCUUAAUAUUUACGGGUCAGAAUCUAUUACUGAUUCAUCUAUUUCUAAAAUAGCCAAAAAAUGUUCUUAUAUUCAAGAACUUGAAUUGGGAUAUUGCGGGCUUAUAACCGAUAUAGUCAUCAAAGAUAUCGCACAUAAUUUAUCCGAUCUAAAAUAUCUUGGUUUAAAAUAUUGCGUAAAUAUUAGCAAAGAGGCAUUAGAUACGCUGAAUCCGGAUUUAGAUAUAGAUGCGGAUAUCAAACUUGAACCACCUGUUCUUACUUUGUGUCAUCGCUUCGGAUGUAUAACACCCAGUGGCUAUAUUUCAGUAAUUAAUUAUAUAU